AUGAGUUUUUUCCAAUCGAAAGAGCGUGCGGCAUUUUGUUUACUAAUGGACGAAGUUGCAUCUUAUGAAGUGAAAAAUUUAUGUGGUCUGAUGGAUGCUAUAUUUUCUGAAGCUGUUUCCGAUGAAGCAGCGAAAAUACGUAAGGAAAAGUGUUGUGACUGUAAAGUGGAUUACCCGAGUCAGAGAAGACAUGAAUGUCUCAUGUUAACACUUGAAGAAAGUUGGAGAACGUACGGUUUGGACGCCAUAGAGCAAGUAAUCGAACGGGGAAUACUCUGGAAGCUGUUUAACGAAGCUAUUCGUGUGCAGAAAUUGGAUUAUUACGAAGUUGUAAGAGAACAUUAUGAGAACUUGACUAAAAAUUAUGAAACAACUCUUGAAUUCCUAAAGGAUUUGAGGUAUAACUCAGAAUUUUUCGACUACCAAGCUAUUUUGGGUUAUCUAUAUUACUGGAGCGAAAACCAGUAUGCAUGA